AAUGAGACAUUUUGCCAGCAAUAAUUGUUUAAUAAGUAAAAUUAAAGAUGGAUUGGCAACUGCUCAUUUUAAUAGACCUGAAAAGCUUAAUGCUGUGCAUCUUGAAAUGUGUGAAGACAUUCUUGAAAGUACCAAACUUUGGAAUGAACAUGCUAUAGUAACUAUAUUAUAAGGGAAUGGUAGAGCAUUUUCUGUUGGAGGAGACUUAAAGUAUUUUAUUAAAUGACAUUAGACACGUUUUUAAUAUAUCUCAAAGAAAAAAUGAUGAAUCAAAUGUAUCUAAAGUUGGUCACUUAGGUGACGAAGCUAAAAAAGCAGUUUAUGCUAUGAGCUCAACUAAGAGCAUUUUAUUAACAAUUAUGAAUGGAUAUACUAUGGGUAUAGGUGCUGGAUUCGGAAUUCAUUCUCAUUUCAGGAUUGCAACAGAGAAUACUAUUUUUGCUAUGCCAGAAUGUAAAGUUGGUAUAGUACCAGAUGGAGGUUGUGGUUUAUAUUUUAGUAAAAUGCCAUAAAAUUUUGGUUUAUAUUUAGGUAUGAGUGGGGAAUAAAUUGAUGGCAUAAAAAUGGCUCAUUUAGGUAUUGCAGACUUUCUUAUUGAAAGUUCAUGCUUACCUGAAAUAGAAGAGGAAUUUGAACAUGCACAUUUUUUAAGAGAUAAAGAAUCUAUUGAAGAGUUCUUACUAUAAAGAUAUUGUAAAAAAAAUAAAACAGAAUUUAAUGUUCCUAAAUAAUUUGGAAAUGUAUUAAGUUUAUAAUCUUUGCCCUCCAUUAUGUCUGCUAUGGAUGCACAAUUUCCACAAUAAGCUGCUCUUAUUAGAAAAAAUAGUUCUUUUACUGUCUAUGCUUUUUAUGAAUCAUUUAUGAAAAAUAAAAAUUCUAAAUUAUCACUUAAAGAUAAUCUAAAAAUGGAAUAAUCUAUUUUAGAUAAAGUUGUUAUGAGACCUGAUCUAGUUGAAGGCUUAAAAAGUUUAUUUGUUGAUAGAUCUUAUAUACCUAAAUUUAAUCCUAGAACUAUUGAAGAAGUAAACCUAGAAGAGAUUCAAAAAUGUUUUGAGCCUUGUUCUAGAAAGUUAUUUGAUGAUUGAG